UUGCAUAAAUUAAAUUUAUUAUUUGGUUUGUAGCGCCAUCUGUUAAUGCCCGUUUUUGUUGCGAGAUUGUCGUCUAUUUAGACAAUCUUAAAUGACGGAGAUGGGAAGAUUAUAAGUUUUAUUCGAAUGUUUAUAAACAGCAAGAAUUAUCCAUGAAGACUUAAAUUUUAAAUAAAAACCAAGCAAGUGUCAUAAUAUUUUGAAGAAAUUAUAUUAUCACAAUUUGGUAUUCAGAUUUUUUAAUGACAUGUCACAGGCUGAAUUUCUGAAAGGUCUCCCUUCUUACAAUGAAAAUAAUUUUGCUCGAUUUCAAGCAGAUUCUUCAUGCAAGAUAACAGUAAAGAAGCCUUCUGUAUAUCUUCCUACAAAAGAUCAUCCUUCUGAGCAAAUUAUUACAACAGAAAAAACAAACAUUCUUUUAAGAUUUUUACAUCAGCAAUGGGAUAAAAAAGCUAUGAAUUCUAUGAAGAAGAGAGAUUCAAACCGUGCCAGUUUAAGUGCUGAGGAUGACAUUGCAAGAAAGAGACAACGGACAGAACAAGGAGAACAAGAGUUUCCGUGAUUUCCAAACUCUCAAUAUCAGUUCUUUGACAAGUUUUCAAAAUGGACGUUGAUUACUUUGUUUUAAAUCUACAGAAGGAAGUGCUCCAAAAAGUAUUACAGAGUGUCAAAAUGAGUGAUGAAAUGUAUUAUGGAAGAAGAGAUUGACAAGUGAAUGAUGAAUGAAUAUAUAAAUAGUUAUCUUGUGUGUAAAAUUCUUUAUUUCAUUAUUAUUAUUAUUAUUGUUUAUUUUAAAAUAUUUUUCACAAACAUGAAGAAAGAUAUUCUUUUCAGGGAGUAUAUGAAAAAAAGAAUAUCAAAAUGGAAAAUAAAUUUUAAUCAAUUUGUUAGUUUGAGGGAUUGUGCAGAUAUGCACAACAUGCUUCCAAUUGAUUAUAAACAAUUUUUUUUUUAAUUCUGUCAUUUAUUUUAUUAAACAAAUAUUCUUUAAUAGAAGAAGAAAAAUCUAAAAAUUCUCUAAUAAGCCUGUAACAUUUAGAAAUUCUGUGUGCAAAUUAAUAAUAAUAAUACUACAAUCAUGUUAAAUUUCUGUUGUAGUAAAGUAAUAACUCUACUAUCUGCUGUCUAUCAGAAAAUAUCCAGUGACCUGCUAACCAUUAAAAGCUUUUGUCGUGUAGCCCAUCAGCAUGUCAUUUCACAUUCCAUCGAGUAAAUAAAAUAAUGAAAUAAUUUGUUCUCGUAUGAUUUUUGUAUAUCUUGAUAAAAUGGCUGAAUUAUUGAAAAUUUUAUAGUUAAAAUUCUUUUGCUUAAAUUUGGUGAUGCAAUUUUUAAGUCAUAAUAUAAAUGAAAUGUUAUGAGAAAAUGUUUUAAAAUAAAAACUGUAUAAGUUGUCAUCUAUAUACAUAUACUGAUUACAAAAACGUUUUAUCAAGAAAGGCCAAUAUUUGUAAAUAUAAAUAUAAAAAAUUUCAUAAAGCAAUAAAUCUCGAAAGAA